GACAUCAGGCCCUUUCUUCUGCCCUGUGUUCUCUCCGGGGCGCGCUGCAUUCUGUGCCUGGGGCUGCUGCUGCCUAACAAAGGAAUGGGAUGAGCAGCUGCUGCGCUCACAUCGCACAUUCACUGCGCUCUGCUGAGAAAGUCGGGACAUCUGGUUCUUAUCCACUUCUCAUUCAGCUGAGUUGUGCCAACCAUGGAUCUAUAGUUACAGGAGUUUUCACUUGGACCUGGGCUGUUCUCUACUUCUCUGGCUUGCAGCAGGAAACGCUGUGUGAUCGCUCGGCAAGGAAACACUUUGGCUGGCACAGCAUCAAGAUGAAUGACAUGACCUCUCAAUGCCCCACGACCAUUAGAAUAUCAGCACUAACGUAGGAAACUGCUUCAGCAUAUAUGUAAAUAUUUGCAAAACCUAACACAUAGAGACUGAGAUAUAUGCUGAUUUCAGCAAAAUGAGGAAGAGUUUCCCUCAUUUCCUUGUUAAGAGCCUGUCAAGUUGUUUACCGGACUGUAAAGAAUGACUCUAUCAUAUUGCUCAUUGGCAACUUUGUCUUCCUUUGUGCAUCUCAGAGACGAGGGAACGUUCUUAAGCUUAUUGCUGGAGAUUAACCCAACUGCACACACAGUAUUCUGUUUAUGGGGAUGCCCAGAGGAUCACAAUACAUGAUAUGGAGAAAAGAAAACCUGGGAAAUUUGUACUAAGCGACGCCACAAAAACUAGCCCGGUGGAGCUACUCUGCAUUGCUUCUAGAUUGUUCUAUGGAUGCUGUUGAGAUCCGCAAACAAGGAGUCAAUUGGCCCGCCCAUAUCUUGGAAUGGGAAACGAAAGCAAUAAUUCCACCUGCCUCAUUGAUGACUCCUUUAAAUAUAAUCUCUAUGGGGCAGUUUACAGUGUGGUGUUCAUCUUUGGGCUCAUUACAAACUGUGCCUCCCUCUUUGUCUUCUGCUUUAAAAUGAAGAUGCAAAAUGAAACUGCUAUUUUCAUGACUAACCUGGCAGUGUCUGAUUUGCUCUUUGUAUUUACACUGCCUUUUAAAAUUUUUUAUAAUUUUAACCGGCACUGGCCCUUUGGUGACAGCUUGUGUAAGAUUUCUGGGACAGCUUUCCUAACCAACAUCUAUGGAAGCAUGCUUUUUCUCACGUGCAUCAGCGUUGACCGAUUCCUGGCCAUCGUUUACCCAUUUCGCUCCCGCACUAUUCGAACCAGAAGAAAUUCUGCUAUAGUUUGUGCAUGCGUGUGGAUCAUCGUGCUUAGCGGAGGUAUUUCGGCAUCCCUCUUUUCUACCACCAACGUUUCCAACACAAGUACCACGUGCUUUGAAGGUUUUUCAAAAAGCAUCUGGAAAACAUAUUUGUCAAAAAUCACCAUAUUUAUUGAAGUAGUUGGAUUUAUCAUCCCCUUGCUGUUAAACCUCACCUGCUCUUCUUUGGUCCUGAGGACUUUGAGAAAACCAGCUACCCUGUGCCAGAUUGGAACCAACAAAGAAAAAGUUUUGAAAAUGAUCGUCGUUCACGUGGCUAUUUUUGUUGUGUGUUUUGUACCCUUUAAUUCUAUCCUCUUCCUGUAUGCUUUGGUCCGCUCCCAAGCCAUUUCCAAUUGUGCCGUGGAGAGAUUUGCAAGGACAAUGUAUCCAAUCACUCUUUGCAUUGCAACGAUGAACUGUUGCUUUGAUCCAUUUGUUUACUACUUCACUUCAAAAUCCUUUCAGAAGUCAUUUAACAUCAACCCUAUCAUUAAAAUGGAUACCCUAUUUAAGAUUGAUUCUGCUACGAAAAUAGCCUUGCCAGUUACACAAGAGGAGCUGACUGAACAGAUGAACAUUAAUAAUGGAGGAGAAUUAAUGUCUGAAGCUAAUUACAAGGACUAAGGUUUUUUUUGAAUAGUUGGCUACAGCUAAGAGUUGUUGUUUUCAGCCACAAUGGUAACGAGAAUAUUUCGGUAUUCAGCCUGGUCAGUAUUAUAGAUGGAUGUGUGUGAAACACAAACUUUAAUUUAAGUAUAACUAUAUUGUUGCUAGUUGUGUAAAAAUAACAUUCACGUGUUUUCUUGGCAGUUUGCUAUGUGCAUUUGUGUACAUAUUAAUUGUAAAAUAUUAUAAAUGUGUCUGUCUCUUACUUAGCAUUCACACAUUCUAUAUCUUUGUAACUAUCAGGAGAUAAAACUUGAGUAUAUAUAGAUAUUCAUAUAUAUAUACAGUAUGUCUGUUCCUUUCUUGCACUUUUAAUUUGUGGUUGCAGGAGCAAUACCCAAUAUUAAAAGCACAAAGCUGCAAAAAA